CUUGUCCCGGCUUAAAUAGAAAAUGGAGCGGGUUUUAAACGUGUAAAAUGGCAUCUAUUCUUGAAUUAGUUCUCCAAGACAAACUGUCGAGUGAUAUUUUGGUAGCCUGGCUUAAGAAUGAUAAAGCGGUAACAGUUCCAAAUGAAUUAAAAGAGCUAGCCAACGUAAAACAGGAGUUCAUCCCGUUUUUCCUGAACUAUCUGCGAGACCAUACAGUCCAUCUGAUUCAAAGCUCGUCCUCGGCCACUCCAUCACCUGCCAAAACUCCAUCAUUAAAAAAGCUGCAAAAGUCUGUGAAGCGUACCAGGGAUCAUGGAAAACGCCAACAACUGUUUGGGGCAAGUCCUGCAGGUGACGCAGAUGAUUUUCAUAAUCUGCCAGCAUCUGUAUUUUCACCCAACACAUCCAUAGAUUCUCCGGGACACUUUAACCCUGUGAAUCAGAAGGGAGAUAGGAACCAUGGGAAAGGGUAUAGAGGUCAGAAGGCUUCACCCCAGUGUGGCAGUCAGAGAAGUGGAUACUCCCAACAAACUCCCGAACAGAGAUCUAAACAAAAGUUAAGUCUGGCCGAGUUCAUUACCCCAGAGCAGGGCGGCCAGUCUUGGAAAAAGAAAUCUCCACAUUCAGGCAACAGACGCGAAUUGUCUUGUAGUAUGGAUAACACUCCCACAAAUUUUGCAACGCAAGGGAGAAAAUCUGGUGGGAAGAAGAGACAUAGUUACAGCCCUCUAGUUCAAAAUAGUGUUACUCCCAGUGAGAGUCCUGCCCCUGUUUUUUGUCUCACUAAUUCUAGUGAUUUCCCACCCAUGGGAGGCGAGGGAAAACACUCAAAGAAAAACAACAGGAGAUCAUUAGAUUCAAAUCUUCCUGUAUCAGAGAACUGUGAUAACAAAACAUCUAGGGUGAUAAAUUUUUCAAACACUAAGUUGGAACAGUCAAGUGGAAUUGGAAAAUUUGCCAGAGACAGACUGCAAGAAGUGAAAAGAAUUUCACCAGUAACAAUACAGACAAAUAAUUCAGGGCCAAGGAGGAUAACUCCAACAUUGGUCAAGACAGACAACUCUGUACAACAGAAUUCUGCAUUUCUAGGCCCAAUAGAUGAAAACGAAAAACCAAAUCCUGUCUUCCAGAGUUCUACUGAGGUUCCCAGCAGUUCUGAUGUGCUGCAGGAAGAGCGGAAACUUCUACAGGAACAGAAAGCUAAGUCUGGCAGUCGGUCAUCUGAAGGCCCCACCCCCCAGGGUAGGCCCACCACAAGUGUGGCCACGCCCACCAAGCUGGCUCUGGAGCACAGCACAAGUGUUGUGGAGAUAAGGGAGGCAUGUCUAGGAGAGGUCACUCAUCUGGAUAAGCUUGAUACCCUCGUAUCCCUGUAUGCAAAGUGCUUGGAAGGUAAUCUGUUCCCAAAUAUGGUUGUGGAGCUGUAUUUCCUUGUUCAGCUGCUUGCAGCUCGGGGUGGGGAGGUUGAGGAUACAUUUGUGUAUGGAAAUGAUGUGAUAGAGGUUAACUACUUAUCUUCCAUACACAACACGGUCUACUUUGCUGUUAGCUCUCUAGACCUGCAAAGAAGGUUUGUGUGUAUGGUGGACCGCUGCACGUUGAGAUUGCUCCUUGAGAAUGUGCGAGUGGCCACAUUCUCCCCGGAUCUUCUCUCAUACCUAGAACACUGCUACAACAAAGCUGAACUCAAGAAGGGGUCAGCAUUUCUGAAGUCUCCAAUCGGCAGUGUAUCAUUCCAGGCUGAUACAGAUAACAGGAAAAACUUCCCAACUGACAAAUCCUUCCACUUGUUCCGAAAACAGAGGGAUGGCUUUUACGAGUUGCUACGUGAGUGGGAGGCUAGCAGAAUGAACCCGAACUACAAGAUGCGGGAAGUGUUCGGGGAUCGUGUACGAGUCAUCUUGGGUGGGCAGACGGACCUCGCCAACAUGAUCCACUUUGCGCGGCUCUUCAUGUACCAACUUAUUGCGAUGUGCAAGGGCGAAGGUAGCAUCAGAAACAAUGACGACGAUGAAAGUAUCGCCCUGCUCAGCCAGCUCAAACGAACAAACCCAGAGAAAUUCAAACGGCUGCAGGAACGCUUCAUCAAGCCGCUGAGUGUAGGGGGACCCUGUCCUGGCCCAACUUUCCCAGGCAUUCAGGAGUUCUUCAGGGACUUUAUAAUGGUUGGGUGUAACCCACAAUUGAACCAACACCUUAAUGACAUGUUUACGGCCAAAGUUUUGGAGCUUAAUGACACAAGUUUUGCCACACACGAUGAUGAGGAUGCAGCUGCUGGAAAUGGUGAUGACGAGGAGAGAGAGGUGUUUGUGUCAGUGUUAUUGAGCCUGAGACUGGUAAGCAAGUUCCUGGGCUUUGUCACUUUUCUGCCGUACCAGUCCACAGACCGGAUCCCUGACAGCAUCGAAACCACCUACAUCAACACAAGAAACAGGCACUUACCCUCUGUAGACCUGAAGGCAUGCCUGUGUUCUGCUGUUGCCAAUGGCAAUCUGACCCUGACAGUCCCCUGGGUGGUGGAGUAUUUAUCCAUGAUGGACCCACUGGCGCCAAGACUUGAUGUCUUCCAAGAGGUGUUACUGCUUCUGCUUUACAUACACAGAUAUGUGUGGGUACAGCUUCUUGAUGAACCUAGUUACGGAAAUCUGCAGGUGACCGCUCUCAUCAGCUGGCUAAUGGAGAACUCAGUGAUACCAGACGGCAUGUUUUUCUACGAGAUCCCUGAAAAUAUCAGCACAUUGGUCAAAGAUUCCAUGCCUUCCCUUGCAGCCUUGGAUAACAGAAGUUUUGUGGACCAGUCUCUUUUCUACACAUGCUGCCCAUACAUUGGUGAAUUGAAAACGCUGCUGGUAGAUUUCUCUGUUGGCUGCAGCAGCAAGAUAUCUACAGUGAGGAAGAUCACCCCGAUAUCUGCUGACAUCCCCACUCAAACAUCAAUCACUCACAGGCAGUUGCAGCUCCAGCUAGAGGAGAACUUCUUCCACAAUCACCCAGCGUCCAUGAAGCGGGUGGUGGAUUUUGUUGCUGAUCGGACGGCAUCUAACUUCAUCAAGAAGUUCCGGGCAGGGCUGCUCCACACAUCAGUGGACCAUGGAAAGGCCAUGGUGCUCGAACAGUUACUGUUAGCCAUGCCCGAGGGCUCGCCAAGUAGCAAGUUGAAGGACCGUAUCCCCCUGGUGACGAUGAAGGUAGCGCAGGAUUUGGUGGCCAGCAUGAGGGCACAGGUCUCAGUUCAGGCUCCAAGCUACUGCCACACCAAGGUUCCUGCACUUAUGGCUCUGUUGCUGCCCGACGACCAGUCUGAGAACGUGCUAGCCAUGGUAUCUGGUAUAGGUGAAAGGAUUGCCGGAGAAAAGAUCACCGCAUGGAUAAAUAAGCAUCUUACCAUGGCAAUGUACCAGUCCGAAAUAAUGCCAGACCCAGAGAAGGUGACAAAAACAUUGUCGUCUGCUGGCCAGGACAGAACCAGUCCAGUGAAGAGCUUGUCUACUGGUAACCAGUCCAGGGAAGGGGAAAUUAUCAGUGCAACAUCGCAUAAUGAGUCUCUCAAACAUCCAUCAGAAGUUUUCAUAGAUUUCAAGGACUGCAUAAAGAAUGUAUGUCUUCGCGGAGCUAACCUGUCAGAGGAGAGGGUGUGGUCUUUACUUGGGGAGACCAGACGGACAUUUGAACACAGGCGGGACAUUCUGCCGUCUGUUCAUAGGUCCUUCACCCAGCUUACACUGGAAUUACUCCUGUAUCUCUUAGUCAGUCAGCCUGCCCUGUACAAGCGGUCUGUGAUAGAGGAGUGUACCAGUCUAUGGAAAACUGUACUUCACGACAAAACCAGUCUAGGGCAGGUCUUCUCAGGAAGAGUUGUAACACUUGUCAGCCAGGCUUCCGAUCAACAGAAAGCAUGGAGAGAUUACACCCAGCUUCUGUCCGAGAUGUACAAACUGGGUCUGAUGCCACCGGGACAGUUAACAGACAGUGGAAAUAAGUUUAUCAACAAAAUCAAGGAGAAGGAGCUUAUCACCAGACUGGUUCACUGUCUAUGUGAGGUUGGACAGUCUAUGAGUGACACAGAAAGAGCAGAAAUUCUUGGUACCAGUCUUCAGCUCCUCUAUAACAUGUUACCAGAAGACUGUGAUGAGGCAUUGCUCAUUUUGAAAGCCCUCGGAUUUACGAAUAACAAUAAUGGUAUAUUUGGUGCAGAAGAUAAAUUCCUGUGAUAAAAGUGACUAAGCAUUGUGUUCAGUUGUGUUCAUUAUGAAUAAAUGGGGAAUGUUAGAAAGAGUGAUCUCAUGCUAGAAACUCUUAGAGUGAUACUGGUAUUUGAAAUCAAUAAAUAAACAUGUAAAACAAACACAAAUUUUGAGUGAUAACUUUAAACUACUAUAAACUAAAUAUUACAUUUAUGGAAAAUAUUAAUUACUGAUAACAAGGUUGUAACAGUGUAUUUAAUAGCUGAAAAUGCAUAAAUAUUAAUGACUGGUGGGUCCUUAAAGAUAUACAGUGAUCAACUAUCACCUCAUAAGGAAGAAAUACUUUGUUUUCUGCACCUUUCUUUUAAAUUAAACACAGUAUCCCUUUGAAUCAUUGUUUUUAAUAUUUAUUCAUCCUUUUUUGGUAAAUUAAAACAAUUGUUUUAAAUGUGGUACUGAAACAUAUUCUAUUACCGGGUAAUGUGGGUACGCUUAUUUGGGAGUAAGAGUGCAUCUUUAAGUUACCCAGUACAAUGAUGGUGCUGUCAGUGCAUAGUUCGACUGUUUUCAUCAAAAUAGUUGUACAUGAAGAUCAGGGGAAAAGCAAGAAAAACCAUCUCUCACACCUCAGAUAAGUAGAUUCAAUAAUUUAACCAUGCUUGAAAUUCUUAUCUUGCCCACGUGCGAAGAUAAAAUGCCCGUAUGGAACUCCUUUUUAAUGGUCGCCGCAUUGUAAUUACCUCCCUUGUUGAACUCUGUGGUGUGUAGCAUCAUGGAAACCUUGUCUUGUGGCAAUAUUCAGAAUGCUAAUUAACUAUUUCUCACUUGAAAUGUCACCAUAAAACAGUUUUCACGCACAUUUCAAGAAAUAAUGCUUCACUCUCCUUAGAACUAUUUAAAAACCGAUUUGACUAUUAACAUAAUCUGAAUCACUGCGCGCAUAUCCAUGACAACCAAGAAUUAUCGCAUAUCCAUACGCAAUUAUUUUUACUUAAUUUUGAUAACUGAGGUGGGAGAAAAAGCAUCUACCAUAGCCGCUCGUGUAAGAUAGGUUAAUCCCGACCCUCGCGCAGGGUGUUUUGCGGAAACUUGGUAAACCUCGUUUCUGAAAAAAAAACCUACGCUCGGGUCGGAAUGAACCUAUCUUACACUCUUGGCCAUGGAAGAUACUUAUAAUCUUGGAUCAGCCUUUUUAUUGAACAUGUGCAGAUUUUAGAAAAUGUACCAAAAUCAAUAAUUGUAUCACAUCUUUGGAUUUCAUACUUAAUAAGUCAUUUUUUGUGAAUAUGAGUUACUAGUAUUGCAUACUAGUAAUGAUGACUAGUGUAAUGGUGAUUUUCAACCAAAAACCUGUUGGUGCGUCAUUACUUAGAGGACCUGUAAGGCUUUCAGCAGUGUUUUGUAUAUAUUUCUAAAAAAAAUGCAAGUUAUGUGUUCUUAUAAUAGAUUCAGGUGCAAUAUAUUCUGUUACAUGUAUAAGAUUUGGUGAAGGACCUAUAGAUAAAAGGCAAUUUCAUUUGUAAUCUCGUGUAAAACAUGUGAUUUAUUUAUGAUGUGAAAUUGUAAUUUAAUUGACAAAUCUCACUCAAACUUGGCAUUGACUUUGUAAUGUUACUGAAUUGGAUGUAUGAUGUAUGAUUGCACAUAUUGUGCUUUAUUGAUCAGGGGCCGUAUUCAUAAAACCUCUUGGUGAACAUUUUAAACUUCGUGAACAUUUCCGAUUUUUUUUACGAUUAUUUCAAUUUCUCUACUUUUCAUCACAAUUUUUUAUAUGCUAUUAUUAUUAAAACUAUUUUCUUGCUUAUUUUCAUAUUUUUGGUGAACAAACAUAUUUUUUUUAAAUCAACUUAGAAGGAAUGACUUUUUCCAGUAAGUUGAUUUUUUUGACAAAGAUGCCUGAUGAUUCGGCCCCAGAUAAAAUGAUCUGAAAACAUACAUCUAAGUAACUGUGAUAUUGCUGAGUUUUCUGAUGAUAAUAUUUGAAAAAAAAAUAAAAAAAAUACACAAACCGUUUUUCUUCAUUC